AUGAAGAAGUCAUCUGAGCGUAGUGACGUGAUGAAGCACAGCAAUGCUGGCACAGCGUCUUUUUCUAGCUCGCCAUCUGAAGAUCUCUCGGUUUCGAAUUCUUCUCGCUGGAGUGCUCUGAUGACGCGCUCUCUAGAGUUCCCAGAUCGAACCGGUUCCCACAACUUUAGAGGUGAAGAUGGAGAAAUGGAUGACUCCUCUACCACAGUAUCCAAUAUUUCUUCACCCAUCUAUUCUUCUGGAUCUGUCAUCCAGUCCCGUGCGAAGUGCCGUGGGAAGGUUUUUAUAGGCCCGAGGACCGGCACUGCUGCUGUCAUCACGUCUUGGCUGAAGGGUGAUCUUCUGGGACGAGGAUCGUUUGGCCCCGUGUAUGAAGGCAUUUCAGCUGAUGAGGACUUCUUUGCUGUCAAGGAAGUUUCAAUAGCUGAACAGGGAAGCCAGGCACAAGGGUGCAUACAACAACUUGAAAAGGAUAUUUCAUUACUAAGUCCGCUUCAGCAUCAGAAUAUCGUGAGAUACCUUGGCACAGCCAAGGACGGGUCGAUAUUGUACAUCUUUCUUGAGCUUGUAACCCAAGGUUCUCUUCUAAAACUUUACCAAAGAUACCCGCUCCGGAACUUUGUAGCGUCCACGUACACGAGACAAAUCCUAGAUGGGUUGAAAUUGUUGGAAUUCAUACGGCUUAUAACUAUUUAUAAAUCAACCUAUGAAUUUAUAUGUCUAGAAUCUCAUGUCAAUACCGAAAUAAACUUAGAUCUUAGAGUUUCGAAUGUAUUUGGUUAUUAUGCAGCGGAACGAUGA